AUGCACACUGGAAAAGGGAUUGCAAUAAAUAUUAACAAAAGCUCUGUUGUUGAAGCUCCUAUGGAGUUUACUCUCUUCAAUGGAACUCAGUUUGCCACCUGUCAACUCAUACCUGACCCUGGUCUUCCCACUGGCCAACCUGAAAUAUAUGGACAAGUUGUCUUCAGGGCGGCACGGUGGUUUCUCUUCAAACAAACCUUCCCAGCAGGCAUACUGCAAGUGCAGAUCAAUGUUCAUGGUUUCCCCAUUGAUGACCAACAGAAAUGAGCUAUUCACGUGCAUCAUUAUAGAGACCUGAGCCAAGGAUGCAUUACUGCUGGUCCACACUACAAUCCGCUGGGGGUGGACCAUCCCGCACACCCUGGUGAUGAUGUCUGA